UCCUGCUGUAUUCUCGCCGGCUUGACGGUGUUGAACUCUCGGAUGAAACUUGGGACUCUGGCUUCACAGAAACUGGGGUAAAUGUCGCUGCAUAUGUGCAAAGUCACCAUCCCGGCGUAAUUGGUGGGAUUAUAUAACGCAGCUCAAGACGUCCGGCGUCACGCAGCCGCUUCGCUUUCGGAUUUUUGCGGGAUUUUUUCGGCAGACAAAUGGGUGAAAACGGAGGCGAGGGUCCUGAUGGAGUCAGAUAUUACAGACUGUCGGAGAUCGAGCAGCAGAACACGUUCAAAUCAACGUGGAUCAUCAUCAACCACAAAGUCUACGAUGUGACCAAGUUCCUGGAGGAGCACCCGGGAGGCGAGGAGGUGCUGAGGGAGCAGGCGGGGGGCGACGCCACCGAGAGCUUCGAGGACGUCGGUCACUCCACGGACGCCCGGCACAUGGCCGGCGACAUGCUGAUCGGAGAGCUGCACCCGGAUGACAGAGACAAGAUCGCCAGACCACCAGAGUCGCUGGUGACCACUGUGCAGGACCAGGCCAGCUGGUGGUCUAACUGGUUGAUCCCGUGCCUGGUGGCGACCAUCAUCACGUUGAUGUACCGCAUGUACACCGCAGAGGACCAGUGACAUCAUCACCUCCACCAUCAUCAUCAUCAUCAUCAUCAUCAUCAGACAUACCACAGUGAAGACAUCAGGAGGCGCUGCCGCCAUCACCCCUCGGACCAAUCAGAACCCCCCCCAGCUUGUGAUUGACAGCUGCACUGGCCAGUGGUUGGACUCCUCGGCGGCCGUCGGCGUAGACCGGCGCUCCUAGAACCGACGCUCCCGUUCACGUCAGCGGGUGUUCAGCGCCUGUGUGUUCAUGAUCCGCUGAAGCUCAGGAAGCGUCCGUUCUAGGAUCACUAGUUCUACGCUGCACCGCUUACGUCACCGAACUACAAUACCCAAGAUUCAUUUCACACUAUAUCCAACCAAUCACGUGGCAUCAUGCUAAUGAAGUCGUUUACCUUGUUGAGCUUAGCUUGCCAUUGUCAGAGAUUUAAAUAUGAAUGGUCUUUAAAAAUGUGUUAUUUAGCUACAUAUGGAAAUAUAUUUUGGAAUAUGCCUGGAUAAUUUUGUAGAAAUGCGAUGAAUGUAUAAUUAUUAUUUUUUUUCGUCUUACCUUGUAUCUUUGUAACUGACUGUAAGCUGUAAAUGGCUUUGGGCCCAACACAGGAAUGCAGCCCAGCAGCAUCGCGGUGUUAUUGCAGAUUUCACAGAUCGUCAGAAAACCCUCAAAAAGCAACGCAGACCUGCACGAUGCAAUGUCAUAUUUCAUGUUUGUGGCUGAACACAGAAGACGCACCGUGGCCCUGAGCCUGCAGAGAAGAUACAGGUCAGACAGAGAUGAUGUUUAGAGACGUGUGUGUUGAAGGUUAGGGGCACAUUGUCUCCACAGAUGAUUUGCUGUGAAGUUGCACAGAAAAAGAGCCUGAAAUCACACUGUUGACUACUACACUUUGUAAUUAAAAGAUGCUGCGACUCUUUCUUAAAGCAGAAACCCAGAC